AUGGCUGAGGACAGCAGAGAAUCCUCUUUGGAAACAGAAAAGGAUAACAGGGGACAGAGAGUAGUGAAGACCUCCGAAGAAGAGAAAAAAGCUAACAACCCUAGAAAUGUUUUUGAGCCUGCAGAACUCUGCCACAAUCCAGGAGUAAUGAAAGCGAGUUUUAUCAGAAAAGUGAAUUUCGAGUUGUGUCUCCUCUGUGUUCUUUUAUCAUCCUCCAGUCCACCCACAAAUGAAUUAUCAGGCACGAACCCGGAGGCAUGUAUCCAUGAAAGUCCCAAUUCAAAUGCCUUGGAAGGAGUCACCAUUGAGAGAAGCCCCAAUGACCAUCCACAGACAAAUGAAUUUAAAGGAGCAACCGAGGAGACACUUACGAAUGAUAUCCCACACAGCAGUGAAUGUAAAGGAGCAGCCCUGGUGUCACCUAUCAGUAAAAGAAUAUUUGGAGUUUUCCUGGUCUUACUGCAUGUCACUCUCCUCCUUGCCGACCUAAUUUUCAAUGAUAGCAAACUUUAUAUUCCUUUGGUGUAUCGUUCUAUUUCUCUAGCUAUUGCCUUAUUUUUUCUCAUGGAUGUUCUUCUUCGAGUAUUUGUCGAAGGGAGACAGCAGUAUUUUUCUGACUUAUUUAACAUUUUAGAUACUGCCAUUAUUGUGACUCCUCUGCUGAUUGAUGUCAUUUACAUUUUUUUUGACAGUAAGUUUCUUAGGAAUAUUGCCAGAUGAACACAUUUAGUUCGACUUCUACGACUUGUUAUUGUGAUAAGAAUUUUUCAAUUGAUUCAUCAAAAAAGACAACUUGAAAAGCUGAUGAGAAGGCUGGUUUCAGAAAACAAAAGGCGAUACACAAGGGAUGGAUUUGACCUAGACCUCACUUAUGUUACAGAACGUAUUAUCGCUAUGUCAUUGCCAUCUUCUGGAAGGCAGUCUUUCUAUAGAAAUCUAAUUGAGGAAAGGGAAGUCGUGUGGUUUCUAGAUAAGAAACAUCCAAACCACUAUCGAGUCUACAAUCUAUGCAGUGAAAGAGCUUAUGAUCCUAAACACUUGCAUAAUAGGGUCAGUAGAAUCAUGAUUGAUGAUCAUAAUGUCCCCACUCUACAUGAGAUGGUGGUUUUCACCAAGGAAGUAAAUGAGUGGAUGGCUCAAGAUCUUGAAAACAUCGUAGCGACUAGCUGUAAAGGAGGCGAGAUUAAGGGAACCAACAGAGAUGCUAUUUCAAAAAUUAUACUGGAAAUUUUAUAG